AUGAUUGUGAUUCAAAUCGACGAAGAUCUCAGCCAGAAUGGAUCCUUGGUGGUAGGUGACCCGGGUGUGCAACGAUCUGGUGGGAGCUCAGAGGGAGGAGAGGGAGAAGAUGGAAUCGCCGAAGGCAGCGCCCGCCGACAUAAGCGAAUGCGCCAGGCAGCGAGCGCGACGUUGAUGUGCAGUGCAACUGUUGUUGUGGAGUGGGAGGUUGCGGUUGCGCCGGCCGUUUCCGUCCAGCGCUCCUCACACACGGUUCGGUGA